AUGAAGAAGUUCUUAAAUUUUGAUUUGCAAAGAUCAACUUAUGCAAAUCCAGUGUUAAAAGAAUUAGCUUAAUUAAGUUUAUUAAAGAAGAUUUAGAGCAAGAAAUUAUUAGAAGUAGCAGAAUUAGGAUAGAGAUGUUAUUCAAUAGAGUAGAAGGAUAAUAAAUGGUUGGAAUAGAUUUCUGAAUGUUUUGAACAUUAUAAGACUGAAGUAAAGAGAGUUGGAGGUAUAUUAAAAUAAGCAGAAUAAGAGAUGAUGCAAAUUGAGGUAAAAUAGUUGCACUCCUCCAAAUAUAGGAUGAAUUUAUGACGAAAGAGAUGAAUUGUUAUAGUUUAGUAAGCGAAUUCGAGAUGGAAUCAUGCAUAAAAGAUUAUAAAUUAUAAUGUUUAAAUUAGAAGCAAAAAGUACUUGAUAGGAUUAAUGAAUUAAAUUGAG